UUCGAUGAAACGCGUGUGAAAGUUUGUGUGAAGAGAGGUGAUACAGACGAGAGAGAUUGCUGACGUUGUACAAUAGUGUGGAUAUAGGGGGUGAAAUAUACAGAACGCGGAAGACAAUCUAUAACGCACAAACGCAGCGGUUAGGGGUGGACCCAGUCCACGUGCCGCCUCGUCGGCGCGGCGUCACGAGCGCGUGUCGCUCGCAGCAGCUAGCAGACACCCACCUGACCUGAGUCGCGCCGGUCGCCACCGCCCCAUCACCCCGCACCGACCCAGGCGCCUGCUUGUCUGCCCGUUGCCCUGCCUUGACGUGCCGUGGUCCAUCCUCCUCGACGGGCGGAGCCCAGAUUCCGGCAGCAGGGCGGUGGCACACCCCUCACGGCCGCCGCCAGGACGCUUGGGGAGAAAGACCAAACCAUACGGGGACCGACCCGAUCGGACGACCAUCGCGGUACGCCUCGACUUUGCGUAGACGCCGUAAACGCCUGCGCAGUGUCGUCACGCGUCACUCACUCACUCGUAGGCGGUCCGCCGCCGCCCCUGUUUCGCCGCACCCCUGGAAUUAGGGGCAGCAAGUCUCACGCUGCUGCGCUGCGCCCCGCUUUGAGAGACGAAACACCGGUCUCAACAACCACCCAUGGAUCCUAGUACACGCCGGAAAGGGCACGGGAUGACGAGGAGACACGAGCACGAACACACAGCACGCGCGACGGGUGCAGCACCGGACAGGACGCGGAUGGCAUGGUCGGUGCGGAUCCGAGAGCAGACACGCCACGCCACGCGUCGAGCUAUCCAUCGUUCACGAACGGGAGCGCCGAGGGCCCACCGCCCACGCACAUGGACAACGCGCGCACUGGGUAGGAGCCCGGGCCGGCACGAUUCUGUUUCAUAAGCCACAAGCUUCUCCCCGCCGGGGCGCCCCCUCCUCGCGGUUUCCCUUCUCGUUCCCGCGCGCACGCGGGCGGGACGGCGGGAGAGACGGACGCGAGUACGCGGCAGGCACGGCGCAGCGACACAGCUGUGGGCGGCUUAGCGCAGGCAGGGGCAGGCAGGCACACGGCUUGUCAGUUGUCGCCUGCUCGUGCUCCGCCACUGCCAUCCCAGCCACUGCCACUGCUCUUACUUAAAUAGAGCCAACCCGAGGCCGCCCGCGCGCUCCAGAGUGCGGUGCGGACACAACACAAGCAAAGCGAGCACAGACAGACACCGUUACGCGAGCACGCAACGCGACGAGGAGAGGAGACGCUUACCGAGCGAAGAGCACUAGGCUCCGCCAUCGACGCACGCACGCAAGCGUGAAGCGUCCUCGACUCGCCUUUCGGUUCGGUUCGGUUCCUCGCCGUCGCGGGCGGCCUCGUCGGGCGACCGCUCUCUCGGCAUUUCUUUCUAUCUGGUUGCUGUGUGUGGAUUGGAGGCCUUGUGAGCUCGCGGAGGCGGCGCGGUUCAUGGCCGUGGCGGAGCGGUUCGGAACUCGGUGGCCGCCGUCUCGCUUCUUCGUUGCAGUGCUCCUCGUCCUGCUCACAGAUGGCGGAGCGGCGUGGAAGAGAGCAGAAGGCCUGUCGAUGGGCAUCAACUACGGGCAGAUCGCGGACAACCUGCCGUCGCCGGCGAGGGUGUCGUACCUGGUCCGGUCGAUGCAGGUGAGCAAGGUGAAGCUGUACGACGCGGACCCGUACGUGCUGAGCGCGUUCGUCGACACGGAUGUGGAGUUCGUGGUGGGCAUCGGCAACGAGAACGUGUCGGCGAUGGUGGAGCCGGCGGCGGCGCGGGCGUGGGUGGAGCGGCACGUGCAGCCGUACCUCCCGGGCACGCGCAUCACCUGCAUCACCGUCGGCAACGAGGUGCUCAAGGGCAACGACAGCGCGCUCAAGGCGAGCCUCCUGCCGGCCAUGCAGUCCGUGUACCAGGCGCUGACCGCGGUGGGCCUGCAGGGCCGGGUGAACGUCACCACGGCGCACUCGCUGGACAUCAUGGGCAGCACCUACCCGCCCUCCGCCGGCGCGUUCGGCCCCGACGCCGUGCCCUACCUCCAGCCGCUCCUGGCCUUCCUGUCCGCGGCGCGGUCCCCGUUCCUCAUCAACUGCUACCCCUACUUCGCGUACAAGGCCGACCCGGGCAACGUGCCGCUGGAGUACGUCCUGUUCCAGCCCGACGCCGCCGGGGUCACCGACGCCAGCACGGGGCUCAGGUACGACAACAUGCUGUACGCCCAGGUCGACUCGGUGUACGCCGCCAUCCAGAAGCUGGGCCACACCGACGUCGACGUCAAGGUCUCCGAGACCGGGUGGCCGUCCAGGGGGGACCCCGACGAGGCCGGCGCCACGCCGGAGUACGCCAGGACGUACAUCGGCAACCUGCUGCAGAGGAUCGAGAUGGGGCAGGGCACGCCGAUGAGGCCGUCGGCGCCCGUCGACGUCUACGUGUUCGCGCUCUUCAACGAGAACCUCAAGCCCGGCCCGGCCUCCGAACGGAACUACGGCUUGCUCUACCCCGACGGCACGCCCGUGUACGAUGUCGGCCUGCGGGGAUACCUUCCACCCAUGGACUAUUCACAAGGCACCAGAGAGGUAGAUCUAGUUCUUGGUCUUUGCACUUGCACACCUCCCUGCCUGCCCAUUCCCAUCAGGCUAUCACAUUGCUCUCGUACUUUUGGUCUUCUGCAGGGGGUCCGUUUCUUCGUCUUCAUCAGCCUCGUUGCCAUUGUAUCGAUCACUCUCAGCUUAUCCUGAGAGCAUGAGCAUUGCCGUAAAGUUGAUGAAGAAAGCGCGGAGACUGAGGACUUCUUGCUGCUAGGAUAGCAGAUCGAUUACAAGCCCUCGGAGAAGCAACUAAAGUCGGCAUGUUCCAUCAGGCAAGCUUUAGAAGCAGAAAUUUGUCUCUGACUUACUACACGGCCAGCCAAAACGGUCGAAGUGGUUUUUGAUGACAUCCAGCAGCCAAAACUGGCUCCGCGCUGACAGUAAAGUAGAACUGACUGAAGAUUGCGGGCGACACGCGCCCAAUGCACGCAUAGUCCAUUUAAUUUGUUCUGGAGAUGUCUUCUUUAUCCAACUCAGCAACUGUAUAUUUGUAUAUCGGCCAAAAAGAAAGGAAAUAAAUUCAGGUCAAGGCUGGCCAUUUAUACUAGUUUUUUUUUUAAA